UAGGAGCCUGCAGUCGUGCAGUGUACAGGCACUUUUUUCCAUAAGGCAGAGAGCAAUGCUCAGUCUACUGACAGGCGAGCAAGCAGACCAACAAGGAGCCAGGAUAUAUUCUCACAACUCUCACAGACACCACUGGGUUCUCUGAAGUCUACUAUCCCCCUCCUGGGUAUGAUUGCUCCUGGAUGUGCACUCAACCUCCUCUAUUGCUGACAGCAAGGUCCUGCAGAUGGACUCAACCACAGGCUUGCUCUUUAUCAACACUUCUGUCUCCACAGUGUCCUCUAGACUUGAACUAUACCUACGGAAAGAGGAUACUCAUGCUUUACUGACAGGGCUACAGGUGGUUUGAGUUUGAGCUGCUGGUGAACUGGAACAGUUUUUCCUGUGCGGUGAGCUGUGGUGUCUUUGAGGCCAGUAUGCUGCAUAUUGUUGUGGCAUGUUUGGUAUCUUUCCUGCUGGGCUCAGGGCAGGCACAGGUUGCCACACAGAGUCGGGGGCGGAUCCAGAACCAGGGCCAGGGGCAGGACAGUUCUAGCACCCCUUGGAGGCAGGUGAUUCAAUGGGAGAACAAUGGUCGUGUGUUUAGCCUACUCAACAGUGGAGCUGAAUAUGUCCCUGCUGGGACCCCAACCCAGGACAGAGGUCCUAGGGUUGUUGUGGCAGACACUCGUCCACGCUCUACACAUAGACCUCAGGGAGGCAAUGUCCGCAGACAGGCUCCAUCAAGAGGAACCUCUGAGACAGUCCGAGGGCAGGCCAGACACCCCUUUGGCUUUGGGCAAGUACCUGAUAACUGGAGACAGACCUCGGGGAGCACAGGUGGUAGCCGAUUUCAGUCUUCCACUAGCACUCGGUUAAGGCCAUCCACAGGCUCUUCUUCCUCUUCAUCCUCAUCAUCAUCAUCUUUUUCUUCAUCAUCAUAUAAUGUGCCAUCCUACCAACAAUACCCCUUCCCUAAUCAGCCUCCCUAUGUUGCUGUGCCUUAUGACCCCACUUUGGCGGAGGGGCAGGUGAGGAGCUAUGAGCCACCCUUUCAACCUGUUGUCCCUGGAGGAACAUACAAUGGUGGAGUAUAUGGGGGUGGAGGGGGGUAUACUGGAGUAGGAUACGGAGGUGGUCUGGGUCCUGUGGUCCCAGGUUCUCCUCCUGAAUACACUGAAGACGGUUACCGCUAUUACCAGUCUUAUGGCUAUGUGCCCAAUCCUGUGGUGCCAGCACGGGUUGCCCAGCCACAUUUUUCAGAUGGUCUGGACCGCAGAUAUACCCACAGUCUCUACAACGAGGACUCUGCUCCUGCUGUGCCUGCCCCUGAUGCUAACCAAGCUACCCCAGUAAUAGUGGACAGGACAGGACAAGCUGCUCAAUCCCCAGUCAGAAGCCCUCAGUAUGAGCAGUUUCCUCCAUUUGGAAGACCCCAGCCUCCCUUCGUGCAACCCAUUCCUCCCGGCAGAGGCUCUCCAAAUUCAGCCCUUGAGAACCCCAGUAUCAAUGUAGGGAGCGUGUAUCGACCAGAACAGAGAGGUUUGCCUGAUCUGGUUCCUGAUCCCAACUAUGUCCAGGCUUCUACAUACAUCCAGAGAGCCCACAUGUACUCUCUUCGCUGUGCUGCUGAGGAAAAAUGUCUAUCAAGCACUGCUUACAAUUCUGAGACCACCGAUUAUGACGUGAGGGUCCUGCUGCGCUUCCCACAGAGGGUUAAGAACCAAGGGACUGCCGACUUCAUGCCAAACAGGCCGCGUCAUACCUGGGAGUGGCACAGCUGCCAUCAGCACUACCACAGUAUGGAUGAGUUUAGCCAUUAUGACUUACUGGAGGUCAGCACUGGCCGUAAAGUGGCUGAGGGACACAAAGCCAGCUUCUGUCUGGAGGACACCACCUGUGACUUUGGCCACCUGAAGCGCUACGCCUGCACCUCUCACACUCAGGGUCUGAGCCCGGGCUGCUAUGAUACAUACAAUGCUGAUAUUGACUGCCAGUGGAUCGAUAUCACAGACAUCCAGCCAGGAAACUACAUACUAAAGCUCCAGGUUAAUCCCAAGUAUUUGGUACUGGAAUCAGACUUCACCAACAACGUGAUUAGAUGUAACAUUCAUUACACAGGACGCUUCGUCACAACAAACAACUGCAAGAUAACACAGUCUUGAUCAGACACAGGAAGGCUGCCCAGCCGAAGUAGCCAUCCAGAAGAAUGCUGUUCCAUUGAAAUGUGAAUGGAAUCCUUUUGUUGUUGUUGUUGUUUUUGUUGUUGUUGUUGUUGUUAUUGUGUCAUUGUUGAUGCUUUUUGUCUUGAGAUUGUUUUUUGUGCUGUUUUGGUAUCCUGGGCCCAUGGCAAACAAGGGUUCAGCUAGCACUGAAAAGAAUGUGGGGUAUUCACACACACACACACACACACACACACACACAAAGACACACACACCACAUAAUGCACAUUGCAUGCUGCACACUGACGUGCCCAUAAUAAACCAACACUUCAGACCCCUGGAGCCUCCAUGAUAAUAUAUAAUAUUCCAUAUCUUUUACUCACUGCCCAAUCCACCCUUAUCCCUCUUAUUGCUAUUCUGCCAUUCAUAAUAUGGCUUGGUUACAUUCUAGGACACAUCAUAGACAUUUCAAAUUAGGUCCUUGCUAUAUCUGCACACAACCAAAAACAUCUGUGCACGCCCCCACAGAGUGACUCCAUUUUAUUAUAAAUAAGGCGUGAAAUGGUGCGGGUGCUGAAAUGAGUGGUCACAGACAAGUCAGGGUUCAGCUGCAAACCAACAAAUAAAAUUAAGGGGGAAGUCUUCCCAGGUGCAUUAAUCCAUGCUGUCUGGGGGAGAGACAGAGAUGCCCAGUGACUCAGAAGAACUGUAAUCUGUUGGUUUAUUUCUCCUCACUGCCUCACACUGGGCCUGGCUAGAGAUACUAUGAUUCUCUGGGCACAUCCUGUUCACUGUUCAGUGUUUACCAGCGAGAGGAAGACUGCAGGUCUCGUUUGCAUUUGUAGUCUCCAUCUAACAGUCAGUCAACAUAAAGCUAGACUGCAGCACUCCAUGCUUUACCCCUCCUAAUCCCCUUGUAGUCAUAUUUUGUCCUUUUUUCCUCUUUUCUUAUUUCAAUAAAAAGCUAACAGGAAGCUCAAGCAGUUGUCAAUUUCAAAGAGGUGCUUUCCAGAAAACAAGACUCUCACAGUGUAUGCCAUGCGUUUACACUGGUUUUGUGUCUCUUAUUCAACUACCAACACUGGUCAGGUGGCACAUAUGUCAUCUAUACCUUUUUUAAGAAUGUACAUUACCAAUAUUCCACUGACGCAUAACUUUGGUCAUGGAGAACGUUUUAUUUCUUUUAACUGAUUGUUUCUCCUGAUUGAAUUGUUACUGUAAUUUGUGAAAUUCCAUGUGCUUCUAUAUAUAGUUUGUCAAGAUCAUUUGAAUCACUCUUUGUUUUAUUCAGUAGCACUACUGCUACAGACUUCAUUGUGAUGCAGAGUGCCAGAAAGCCGUCUCUACCUACCUCUCUAAAUGAGUGAGCUAUUGUUUGCCGUUGAGUGUGUGGUUUCCAUUAGAAAUCCCUGUGAUGGCUCACAAUGGCCUCCUGCCACUUUGUUGCAGCACAUAUCCAAAGCCCUUGGGUCUAUUGAAUAUAUCAAGGAUUAAAUGAGUUUGGACACAAACAAAUGAAGAAUCAAAUUCUAAAACUCUAAAUAUCCGUUUUUGAGAAAGAAGUCACUUGAAAUGUAUUAUUUCUAAAAUAUAAAGGAUCUAGUCUGCCUGUAUUGACUGAUAAGAAUGACUUUAGUUAUCUGUUAUAUUUUAAAAAGCACCGAAAUUAGUUGUUUUGUGUUUUUGUAUCAAUGUGCAAGGGCAUCACAUUUUUUAGAUAUCCUACCUAAUUCUGGAAAUCUUAUUUGGGAACAAAACUCAUCAAGUGCAGUACGGGCUUAUUAGUAUCCAAUUUAUCUACCAUAGAACACAGACCUUUCAUAUUGUACUGUAAAUAGUCAGCUCUUUUAUUUGAUCUAAAAGUCAUUGUAUUCUGGUCGCUCAAGAUUAUACUGUAUGCUCACUGAGACAGAUACAACAAUAUGUGAUUAUGACUUUAAGCGGCAUCACAGUGUAAAAAUAUGUGACAGUUAUAUCUCCGAGAUGUGGUGAUGAAUUUUCAGUGUCUCAUUGAACACCUGUCAAAAAUGACAUAUACAAUAAAGACAUUUACACAUCU